AUGUUUAAAAAAUAAAUUUUCAUUUUUUUCAUGUUUUCUCCUCAUUUAGACCGUUCAAUUGUUUUUUUUUUUUCAUCAUUUAUUCUCUACAAAAAACCUUCCGUAGAAGGAAAAAAAAUGUACGACGGAAUGACUGACAGAAAUACCCUUUUUUAAAUAUAUAUAUAUAUUUAUCUUUUUCUAUAUAUAUUUAUUGUGAGAAAUCAUUAAGAUGAUCAGUGUUUCCACAAAGAUAAAUAUCAUUAAUUUUUAUUAAUAACAUAGAGUUAAAGGUAAAUAGAGCAAAUUGGCUAUUUCUGGCAAUUUAUUUAAGUGUGUAUCAAACUGGUAGCCCUUUGCAUUAAUCAGUACCCAAGAAGUAGCUCUUGGUUUCAAAAAGGUUGGUGGCCCCUGAUUUAUACUAUGCAAGCGAGUAACAACCUGUGAUUACCGGCUGAAAAUCCAUAAUAAAAAAAGAAAAAAACAUACACGUCGCACUAGAGUACAAGUUACAUUUUUGGGGGAAAUUUGUUUGAUAAAAUCCAACACCAAGAAUAGACAUUUGAAAGGCAAUUUAAAAUAAAUAAAGAAUAGUGACCAACAUGUUGAAUAAGUGUAUGUUAUAUAACACAUAAAUAAUGAAUUGGGAUUGUUAACGUAACCUACAGUAUUAUGGUAAGAGUCAUUCAAAUAACUAUAACAAAUAGAACAGUGGUCCUCAAAUGGGGGUACGCGUACCCCUGGGGGUACUUGAAGGUAGGCCAAGGGGUGCGUGAGAUUUUUCAAAAACAUUCUAAAAAUAGCAACAAUUCAAAAAUCCUUUAUAAAUAUAUUUAUUGAGUAAUAAUAUUCAUAAAAUAUGAAUGUAAGUUCAUUAACUUUGAAAAGAAAUGCAACAAUGAAAUAUUCAGUGUUGACAGCUAGAUUUUUUGUGAAGAAAUGUUUGGAAUUAAGUUCAUGAAUCCAGAUGGAUCUCUAUUACAAUCCCCAAAGAGGGACCUUAAAGUUGAUGAUUACUUCUAUGUGUAGAAAUCUGUAUUUAUAAUUGAAUCACUUUUUUAUUUUUCAACAAGAUUUUAGUUAUCUGUAUAUCUUUUUUUCCAAAUAGUUCAAGAAAGACAACUACAAAUGAGCAAUAUUUUGCACUAUUUUACAAUUUAAUAAAUCAGAAAAUGAUGACAUAGUGCUGUAUUUUACUUCAUCUCUUUUUUUCAACCAAAAAUACUUUGCUCUGAUUAGGGGGUACUUGAAUUAAAAAAAAUGUUCACAGGGGGUACAUCACUGAAAAAAGGUUGAGAACCACUGAUAUAGAACAUGCUAUACGUUUACCAAACAAUCUGUCACUCCUAAUCGCUAAAUCCAAUGAAAUCUUCUUCCUCGGUGUCGCUUCUAAAUAAUAUUAUUUGUUAUUUUAAGGUAACGUGUUAAUAAUUUCACAUAUAAGUCGCUCCAGAGUAUAAGUCGCACGCCCAAAAAAACCUGCGACUUACAGUCCUAAAAGUACGGUUAUCAUGAUUAAGUGUUGUUUAUGAACUGAUCCAAGCUUUUGAUUGGAUGUGAAAUCUCAGGCAUUUUGCCAGGACAAUGAACUUGGCUAAAUGUCUUCAGGAGGUGUCUGUGAUGUGCUCUGGUGAUCUUUAGGAUGUCUUGCAGGCCUCAGGGGUCAUCAAGGGCCAGCUGUGAGCUAUAAAAGGGGGCUUGUCUGCAGCCUCACCCGCACCUCACUUUCAGCCUGAGAGCAGCCGAGGGAAGGAAGGGAAGAUCUUCACCGCUCGUUAGCUUUCUUCUUCCAAAUGGAACCCAGGACCCUUUUCUUGCUACUUUUCCUGCUGUCUCAGCGUCACGCGGCGGCCGGGGACGUGGCCCCCCACCGCGGCGGCAGGUUCCCAACGUACAUGAUGCAGCUCUACCGCUCCUUCAGGGACGCCGGUGGCUCGUCGACGGCAGCUGUCAACAGUUCAGACGGCGGCGGGACCGCGCGAGAGUCCGACUCCAUCCUCAGUCUGAUGGCGAAGGGUUGCCAUCAAGCGGGGGACAGAUGGGUCGUCGCGUUUGACAUGUCGUCCAUCUCCGCCGCCGACAGGGUCCACCUGGCCGAGCUCCGCGUCAGACUUCCAGGCGUGUCCGCCUCCAAGCGUGCCGUUGUGGACUUAUACCACUCUGGUGAGGAUGAGCGCCGCUUCCUGGGCAGCAUCGCCGCAUCAGCUGGGAAGUCUUCCUGGAAGGUUUUCAACGUCAGCGCCCUGUUGAAGCGCUGGCUCUCCCAGGGAGGGUCCGCCCAGGAGGCCUCGGGAGAGCCUGGGAGCGGUUCUGGGGACUACGGGGAUUUACCCACCUUUGAGAAUCCAAGAAAGCCGGCGUCGGGCAGCAACCGAGCGAUGAUGCUGAUCUUCUUCAAACAUGACGUCCCUCAGGAGGCCGGCAGUCUCAUCCACACGGUGGAACACUCCAAGUACGUCGGCAUGGGGACGAGUGGCGGCAACCACCAAAAUCGGCGCCAUAAAAGGAACAAGAUGGAGAGCGUGAGGAAGGUGGCGGCCCCCAAGGUCACUGCGGCGCCGUCACCCGGUGGUGUGCGCCGUCCUCUGUGUCGCAAGGUGGACAUGUGGGUGGACUUUGAGCACAUUGGCUGGGACGAGUGGAUCGUCCACCCGAAGCGCUUCAACGCUUAUCGGUGCGAGGGCGAGUGUCCGAUACCCUUGGAUGAGAGCUUCCGCCCUACCAACCACGCGUACAUGCAGAGCCUCCUCAAACAUCAUCACCCGGAGAGGGUGAACUGCCCAUCCUGCGUGCCCACGCACCUCAGUCCUCUGUCCAUGUUGUACUACGAGAACGACGACCUGGCCCUGCGUCAUCACGAAGACAUGAUCGUAGAAGAGUGUGGCUGUCACUGACAACAUGCUUUCAUCUAUUUAUACACCAUGUAUAUGUUGUACAUAAAAUAUCCAAAAUAUAUUAAAACAUUUUAUUUUC